AUGGAUUCCGUACCAGACCCCACAGGUUCAAAAGGAGCCAAGGGCUCUGCCCGUUCACCACGCACACCCGGAAACACAGCGAAAAGGGAGAACAGCAAACCGAACCAUAAGAAACCGAGCCUUCAGGAGACCCGCAGGAAGGGAAGAAUGGACAGAAAUAAAAUGGAGGAAGAGAUGACCAAUAAGCUUAAAAGUCUGAAUCUGUGUUGCAAAACGGUGGGAACAAGUACCGGACUUGUCUUCUCUGACACUUUUACCCAACAUCGCUGUCUGUGGGACACCAGUCAUCCAGAAUGUCCAGAAAGGUUCAGUACUGUUAUGGAGAUGAUAAAGACAGAGGAUCUGCUCUCUCGCUGUGUGCAGGUGGAGGCCAGAGCAGCUUCAGACCAGGAGCUUUUGCUUGUUCACACGAAGGAAUAUGUUGAACUGAUGAAGUCCACGCAGAAGAUGUCUGAGGAGGAGCUGAAGUCUCUCUCUGAUACGUAUGACUCUGUCUAUCUCCAUCCAGACUCUUUCGCCUGUGCUUCUCUGGCCGUGGGCGCCGGCCUACAAAUGGUUGACAAAGUAAUGACGUCACAGGUGCAGAACGGAUUCUGCGUGAUUAGACCUCCGGGCCACCACGCGCAGGUUAAUCGGAUGAAUGGAUACUGUAUGUUCAAUAACCUGGCCAUCGCAGCUCGCUACGCGCAGAAGCAACACGGCAUAGAACGAAUCCUCAUUGUGGACUGGGAUGUACACCAUGGUCAAGGAAUUCAGUACAUUUUUGAAGAAGAUCCAAGCGUGCUGUACUUCUCAGUGCACAGAUAUGAAGAGGGCUCCUUCUGGCCUCAUCUGAAGGAAUCAGACAGCAGUGCUGUAGGCACAGGAGCAGGGCAGGGCUACAACAUCAACCUACCCUGGAACAAGAUUGGGAUGGAAGAUAGUGACUACAUUGCAGCGUUCCAGCAACUUCUGCUGCCUGUGGCUUAUGAGUUCCAGCCUCAACUUGUGUUAGUGGCAGCAGGAUUUGACUGUGUGACUGGUGACCCCAAGGGGGAGAUGAGUGCCAGCCCGCUGUGUUUCUCUGUCCUCACUCACUUGCUAAAAGGCUUGGCUCAGGGAAGGCUCAUUCUUGCCCUGGAGGGGGGAUAUAACCUCCAGUCCCUUGCUGAGGGUGUUUGUGCCAGCCUGAAGGCUUUGCUUGGGGACCCCUGCCCUCUCCUACCCUCUCCCGGAGCUCCGAGUCAGAGUGCUCUGAAGUCCAUCGCCCAAACCAUCUCAGCUCUGUAUCCAUUCUGGACCAGCUUGCAAACACUGGAAGGAGGCCCGCUGUCCGAGAGAGAACCAGUGCCUGCCGCGGUGUGUGCCAGCCCCAGCGUAGAGGAUCCGCAAAGCCCCCUAGUCAAGACUGGACUGGUUUAUGAUGAGACCAUGAUGGAGCACCACAACAUGUGGGAUGGUCACCACCCAGAACAGCCUAUGAGAAUCUUUAGCAUCUUCGCCCGACACGAGGAGCUGGGUCUGGUGACCCGUUGCCAUCGGAUACCAGCCCGACCGGCCACGGAAGAGGAGCUGUCUCUAUGUCACAGCUUAGAGCAUAUUAACACUAUCAAGAGCACAGAGCAGAUGAAACCCAGGGAUUUGCACCGGCAGGGAACGGAGUACAACUCUAUCUACAUCUGCAAAGAGACUUAUAAAUGUGCAUUGCUGGCAGCAGGAGCAUGUUUUAACGCAGCACAGGCUGUGCUCACUGGACAGGUGAGAAACGCUGUGGCCAUCGUCCGUCCUCCGGGCCACCACGCUGAACAAGACUCCGCCUGCGGGUUUUGCUUCUUCAACACAGCCGCCCUGACCGCCCGAUACGCCCAGAGCAUCACCCGCAAAUCUUUGCGGGUCCUCAUCCUCGACUGGGACGUUCACCACGGCAACGGCACUCAGCACAUGUUUGAAGAGGAUUCCAGUGUUUUGUACAUCUCCCUCCAUCGCUAUGAGGAUGGGACGUUCUUCCCUUCGUCUGAGGAUGCAAACUUUGACAGGGUGGGUCUGGGAAAAGCUCAGGGCUAUAACGUCAACAUUCCCUGGAGCGGAGGCAAGAUGGGCGACUCGGAAUACCUGGCCGCCUUUCAUCACGUCAUCAUGCCCGUCGCACGAGAGUUUGCUCCAGAGUUGGUGCUUGUAUCGGCUGGGUUUGAUGCUGCGCGUGGUGACCCUCUGGGCGGUUACCAGGUGUCCCCACAGGGAUACGCCCACUUCACCCACCAGCUCAAGAGUUUAGCAGGAGGAAGAGUGAUCGUCAUGCUGGAGGGAGGCUAUAAUCUGACCUCCAUCUCUGAGUCCAUGGCCAUGUGCACCAGCAUGCUCCUGGGAGAUGCUCCCCCAGCGCUGCCCUCUCUGCACCCCCCUCACCCGAACGCUGCCGUCUCCAUCAACAACGUCAUCCGAGCUCACGCCCCCUACUGGAGGUCUCUUAGAAUACAGCUCCCGGAGUCUCUACGUUUGUCCUUGCCCUCACCCAAGCCGAAGGGCAAACGGAUGUCAGGGGGCAAAGGCAAAAAGUCUCCACGCCAGUCAACACCAGCCAAGACUCCAGGCGAGCAGCAGUCACCUGAAGCAACGAAACCAGUCUCACCCGUUGGUGCUCAGGAAGAUUCGGGGCUGGACGAACUGACACAGGGUCUGGUCUCAUUGGACCUGAACACAACUACCUCAUCCAAUCCCAGCCCAUCUUCUGUUCCUGUGGGAGGGGCUAGACGCAAAGUAAAGCCCAGGACUCAGUCAGACGACACUGGGCAGAAGGAAGCUUCACCUCAGAUGGCAUCAGAGAAUGCCAAACAGUCAGAUGUCACGGGUGUGGAGCCUACGUCCGGUUUAACAGAGAUUCAGGUAAGGAACCUACGAUAUUAGCUUUGUCAGCAACAGCGGGAUCAUAGCUUCCCUGUUGCCCCGAGAGAACAGGAGACCGGUGCCGAGGUGGAAGAGGGCGCAUCCGGACGGUCGCAGAAAUCUGUCUUUGAGCUUGUCUGUGGAACAGAGACUACGGAUGGGGAGACUAUGUAUGUUGUUGACCCUUUGUCCUGGUGCCCACACCUGGAAGUGGUCAUGCCUGUGCCUGCUGGAGGCGUCGACGUCUUCCUGCCGUGUGAAGACUGUGGCUCUAACGCCGAGAACUGGAUCUGCCUCAGCUGUUACAAGGUGCUCUGCGGUCGCUAUGUCAACCAGCACAUGGUAACUCACGGCCUGGUGUCCGAUCACCCCGUGGUCUUGAGUUUCGCUGACCUCUCUGUCUGGUGCUACACCUGUGAAUCCUACGUCCACAACAAGGCACUGUUUGAAGCAAAGAAUGCUGCUCACCUUGCCAAGUUUGGGGAGGGCUGCCCCCCCAUAAACUAA